AUGAUCACCCCUCGCUUUUCCUGUUCCCAGACAGAAAAUUCGGUGGUCAUUAGCAUAUACUGCCCGUCCGUGCGGGCAUCGGACGUCGAGAUCAGUGUCGACGAGACGCUCUUCAGCGUUCACAUCAACCCCUACUUCCUACGGCUCAAUUUCUCGCACGCGCUCCUUGAAGGCGACGCAUCAUCCGCUGUCUAUGACCCGAGCACCGGAUAUCUGACGGUGACACUUACCAAGGAAGUUUCUGGACAAGAGUUCGAAGACCUCGACCUGCUAGCUAAGCUCCUCGCGCCACGCCCGCCUAAGGAAGCACAGACACAGCCAGUAAUAGAGAUCUUGGAAAAUCCAGAGACGCCACAAGAUGAUGGUGUGGACGAACUCGCUGAGCGGACGCAAGAGCUGACGUUAGAGCAGCGGGAGAUCUUAGAAGCCGCAGAGAACGACUGGCAACUGCCACAAUCUAUUCCGGAGGUAUUACCACCACUCCGGACGACCGCUGAGCAGCGGUACGGCUUCUUAAACACGCAUUCCGGAUACUUCAGGCAUGCGGAACAUACUGAGAAUGAGGUCAAUGAACUUCGCGCCGACGCCGAAACGAGCACUCCCGAAGAGCGCCGCCAAAAACGUCUCAAACACGAGGACGAGAAGUGGGAUGAAGAAUACUACAUGGCUGACUACGUCGACGACGAAUACAUCCGGGAACUCAUCUCAUGGCCGAACCCCCACCUCACUUCCCCGCCAGAAGAGUUUGAGUACACAGAGAAAGAGAAUAUAGUCAUGCUACGCCUUCCCCGAAAGGAGUAUCUAUCAACGCCAGCGCAGACCCAUGCCCUGUAUCUGACGUUGCUUACCGUACUAUUCUCGUAUGCGUAUGAAAUGCGGACGACCCAGCAUGACCCGACACCGGAAAGCGCUUGGACCCUCGCGUCUCUCACACCAGCUUUCUCCGCACUGGAUCCCGCGCCUUAUGACCAACCGCAGCAGCGUUCUGCGGUACCGGGUGCAUUCACCGAGGCAGAGGUAGCUUCGACCUUCACUGUCUCCUAUCGGCGUGCCCUCGCAUUCCCGUUGUAUCGCUCUUUCGCGCUAGCAGAAGCAUGCCGUGCGGACGUCGCAGGCCUUCUGUCGCGCGGUAAGCGACUCGUGGCGCGGUGUUUGCUGGAAGUGAAAGACAUCUUGGAUCAUCACGAGGUGUAUUACGUCUACAGCAAAAUAUGGGUGGAUGACUUCUGCGUAUGGACGCUAGCGUAUGCCAGCGAUGAAAUUCUAUCAAGGUUAGCAGAUGCUGUCAAGAGUCUCCGCAUGACGAAGAGCAUGAUCAGGUGGGAUUUAGAGGAGCUUGAGAGCCUCGCCCGUGAAGACGCCCAGCGGGACACUGACAGCGAUGAUGAAUCGGAGGACGAAAUUGAGCGGAUGCUUCCCGCCCCUUUACCGUAG